AUGUCUCCCAAAAACCUCCCUCUAACACCCACCCUCUCCACCGCCCACUCCGGCAUCCCAGAACGCCUCCUCAGCAAAGCCACGCACGCAAAAGCCCUAAUCUACGACGGGAAAACCGUCUCCGACACCGUUCCCCUCAGCCGCGGUCUCCCCGUGCCCCAAGGCAUCUCCAAGAAAGCCUUCCUGGCCGCCAUCGACGAGCUCGGCGCGGUCCUAGGCGCGCAGCAUGUCCAGCUCAACGACACCGAGGUCAAGAAUGGCUGGUACAUGGAGCACCCGAACACGCACGACAUGAUGCCGCUGCUGGACACAGAGGAGUUCGUCGCGUCGGCGGUUGUGUACCCCGGGUCGGUGGAGGACGUUAAGCUGCUUGUGCGGUGGGCGAACAAGCAUCUUGUCCCUCUUUUUCCGAUUAGCAUGGGGCGGAAUCUGGGAUAUGGUGGGUCUGCGCCGCGUGUGAGGGGCUCGGUAACGGUGGAUCUGGGGAGGCGGAUGAACCGCAUUCUCGAUAUCAAUGAGGCGGAUUAUACGUGUCUGGUUGAACCAGGCGUCACUUUCUACGCGCUGCAUGAGGAGAUUGUCAAGCGUGGGCUAGCCGACAAGAUGUGGAUUGAUACGCCGGAUUUGGGAGGCGGGAGCGUGGUGGGGAAUACGCUGGAUAGAGGGGUGGGAUACACGCCAUAUGGAGACCAUUGGGCGUGCCACUCGGGGUUGGAGGUCGUGCUUCCGAAAGUGGGAGAGGACGGUGAGGUUCCCGUUGUGAGGACGGGAAUGGGUGCUCUGGGCGUCGGUGGGGAGAACACAUGGCAGUGUUUUCCGUACGGGUUCGGGCCGUAUAGCGAUGGCAUCUUCUCCCAGUCCAACUUCGGUAUAGUGACGAAGAUGGGCAUGACGCUCAUGCCCAACCCUGGAGGCUACGAAUCCUUUAUGUACACCUUCCCCGACGAAUCCUGCCUCGCGCCCCUUAUCGAAAUAAUCCGGCCCCUCCGCAUAUCCAACAUCCUCGAAAACGUCGCGCAACUGCGCCACGGCCUGCAAACGCUCUCCGUAAAAGGCCACCCCCGCACAAAAUACUACUCAGGCGGCGGCCCCAUGCCCGAAGACGUGGUGCGCAAGCACCUACGCGAAACGGCCACCGGCGAAUGCGCCUGGGUGUACUACGGCAUGUCGUACGGCCCAGCGCACAUCCGCGCGCACAAACUCGCCAUCAUCGACGCCGAGUUCCGCAAGAUCCCGGGCUGCAAGAAGAUCGACCCCAAGACGCUGCCGGCAGACGAGUACUUCUGGUCCCGGGACAAGGUUGCGAGCGGGACGCCGGAUCUGGAGGAGCUCAAGUGGGUGAAUUGGAUGCCGAACGGGGCGCAUAUCGCGUUCAGUCCUGUGAGUCCGAUUCGGGGCGAGGAUGCGAUGAAGUUGUGGGAGCUGGCGAGGAAGAGGCACGAUGAGGCGGGGUUAGAUUUGAUGCCUGCGUUCUGUGUGGGGUUGCGCGAGAUGCAUCUCAUCAUCGAGAUUGUAUAUGAUGCUACGGACGUGGAUAUGCGGAGGCGGGCGGAGAAGUGCUUGCGGGAUAUGAUCGACGAUGCCGCAGCGCUCGGCUACGGCGAAUACCGCACGCAUCUCGCGCUGAUGGAUCAGGUGGCGGGGACGUACAACUGGAACGACAACGCGCUCAUGAAGUUCAACAAUAUGCUCAAGGAUACCUUGGAUCCGAACGGCAUCCUAGCACCGGGCCGAUGCGGCAUCUGGCCGAAGAGGUAUCGGGGGCGAGGCUGGGAGUUGAAGGGUGGGGAAACGAGUAGUGAGGGCAGUGGAGUUGCGCCGGCGGCUGCAGACUCGAAGAUAUGA